AUCUAAGAGCACUCUAAAAUCUCAGUGUUAAACCUCUGGAGAGUGGAUUCAGUUACGAACAAUUCGGACCGAUUCUUCUUCCAAUGUUGAAGAUGAAGCUUCGAUCUUCACUUUUCUACGUUCUACGCACCAACACACCUCUCUCUUCCGCCAUUUAUUUCCCAAAUGUUUCCAAUUCGGCUCUAUCAUCCCAAAUUUCUUCAAUUUCACUACUUCCUUCCAUCGCUGAAUGUUCUCGGCCUUCGCCACCCACUGCAUGUGAAUUUCUCGACAAUCUGAGCUUUUCCUCCAGGGUUUUCUGCUCCCGGUCGGCAGAGGCGUCCGUCCUUAAACCUGGGUGCUGGAAUUGCGGUGCGGUGGCUCCAUCGUCGGCGGUGUUUCUGGUGUGCGAUUCUUGUCGGAGCAUUCAGCCUGUGGACCAGUUGGUGGAUUAUUUUCAGAUAUUUGGAUUGGAAAAGGAGUAUGAAAUUGGAGAUGUCAAUCUGGAGAGCAAGUAUAAAGAUUGGCAGAAGAAAUUACAUCCCGACUUAGUUCAUUCUAAAUCAGACAGAGAAAGAGAAUAUGCUGCUGAACAAUCUGCUCGGGUGAUCGAUGCUUACCGUACUCUUAGUAAGCCAUUGUCGAGAGCAAUAUAUAUUCUGAAACUCGAGGGUGUAGAUGUUGAUGAAGAGGAUACAAUUUCUGAACCAGAGUUGCUAAAUGAGAUUAUGGAAAUCAGGGAAGCUGUAGAAGACGCAUCUGGAUCUCAGGAAUUAAACCAGAUUCAGUCACAGAUGCAAGAGAAGUUAAAUCAUUGGUCAAACACAUUUGCAAAAGCUUUGCGAGACAGGAACUUCAACGAUGCUGUCUCGUCCAUACAGCGAAUGACAUACUAUGAGCGGGUGAAAGAAGAAAUUACAAAGAAGCUUUAGUGCAGGAGGUGUAAAAUCGAUGGAAGCACUGUGUAGCUUAUCCACAAAAUUCCCACAAAAGAAUUCUUCGAUCUUUUAUCAUCUAACCUCUUCAUCAUAUGCUUGCUUAUACUUCAGCUUUUAAGUAUUAAAAAAGUUCAUAGAUUGGUGGUAAAAUAUUUCAUACCAAUUUUGUAAUUCUGAUGUUGCUGAAUGCUUACUGGUAGUCUCAGCUGCACCAAUAAAGAGAGACAGAUUAACUAUUAGAAAUGUUGAGAAACAGUUUACAUAUAAUAAUAUUUAAUUAAUAAAUAUUCAUUAA